GACAGGAACCUGGCCGCAGGACGAUGGCGUUAACGGGGCUGCUGCUGCUGGAGCUGGGUCUGUACGCCUGCUGUUUCGUCUGUGGGAUUGUCACCGCCGCAUCCGUCACCAUAGUCCAGGGUAAUUUCGGAGGCCUGUGUAUGCUCUAUGGACUUGUCAACUACAAUGCUACAGCAAGCCUCAUUGGGGUCCAGUCAUCCAGCGCCUCGUCUCUGUGCUAUUUUGUGUCGGCCAUAUCAGUCAUGGUUGCAGUGGUUUGUUUCUCACUGUCUCUGUACUGGCUGUACUCUUUCUGCAUGGACGGGGAAAUCAGAAGGGAGCGUAUGUGGAUGAACCUGAUUAUAGCUGUGAGCGGCGUCUUCCUGUUCUUCCUGCUCAUCACAGGGUGCAUGCUGAAGAUCGGACGCGACACGCUCUGCAGCUCGGUCACACAGAACGUUCACAACAUCACCAGAUGUGAAGACGCCCAGGCUAGAAAAUGGGUUAGUCCCAUUAAAGGGGAAAGGUUCUACAACAGUCUAUACAAAGCAGAGACGGCACUAUGGGUCAACUUCUUCUUCUGGGUCAUCAUCGGGGUUGUGAUGAUCGUCCAGAGGCGCCAGAGUUCAGGGUCCAAGAUUAUCGCAGGAGGGUACGGAGGGUACGGUGGGUACGGCGGGCCGGCAGGAGGGCUUUUUGGUGAUGCGGGGGUGACGGCUGCAGAGACGGAGCCGUUUUUCAACCGUCCUGCGAGGCCACAGUGAGGACGGGUGGCUUAGAGGAACACAUACAGCACAGCAUUGUAAUGUGGGAGUAGAUGUGGAAACAGGGUGACUACAUUUAAUGCACUUGUACUUCAAGUAUUCCAUUGAAUAUUAACACAAAACCAGUCACAGUCAUUUGUGGUUGAUUCCGUAGUUUAAGGUAUUGCAGCAGUUAGAUAGAAUAUAAAUAUUAACCCUCGACGAGGAUGGGAUUCGAACCCACGCGUGCAGAGCACAAUGGAUUAGCAGUCCAUCGCCUUAACCACUCGGCCACCUCGUCAAGUUGAGAGAAUUGUAAUACAAACAAGCCUGCAGGGCCUCCAUGAGUCAGUCAGAACAUGAAUGUUACAUAACCCAGAGAUUGAACUGUCGAUAUGUACAUUUACCCUUUUCCCACAUUUACUCACGUAUCAAAGCCAAUUCCGUUGCCUGACUCCUGGAUCACACAGAAAUGUGUAUUUUUUGUAUUUUGUUUACAUAACAAAAAAUGUGAGUGUUUUUCGCAGGCAUUCUUUUUUUUAAUAUUUCACCAGUGUGCUGAGAUUUUGUAUUUUUAAUGUGACAUUUUCACUCAUUUGACAAAUUAUUAACUACACCGUCCUCAAAAGCUCAAAGUCUCUUUCUCUUUCUCUUUUACCCUUUCAGAAGUUUGUUUUCACUAUGUGCCUGCCAGUUUUAAUUCUGUUAGAUGUCUUUAUUCUCUAUUUAUGAUUAAUUAAUUGACACUGAGGCCCAUUGUCUCCUCUCUCCAUUUUGUCUGAAAAUGUUUGACAUGUGAUCUUAGAUACUUCUGUCUCACUAUAUUAACAGAACCACUGCUUAAAGGGACAGUGCACCACAAAAUCAUAAAGACAUAUUUGACCUCUGACCUGUAGUGCUCCAGAUUGUUUUGGUGUGAGGUGAUGUUUGUUGGAGAUAUCGGCCGUAGAGAUGUCUGCCUUCUCUUGAAAAUAAUUAAAGGAGGAAUAAUGACCCAAUUACUCAAGAUAAUCCACAAAAUUGUGAUUUAAAAAGCCAUAUAGUAAUGUACAGGAGAAGGCAGACGUCUCUACAGCAUAUUUCUCCAACUCAUACCAAAACAAUCUAGACUGAUAAAUCGCACUACAAGCAAAAAUAUGUAUUUUUGACUUGUGGGUGAACUGUCCCUCUAAAGGAACACUUGCUACAGUUCAUAACAAUGUCAAUUACAUUAUAUUACAUUAUGAAACAUGAAAUAAUUCUAAUGGAUUUUGACUUUUAGGUACAGCAUAUGUGCUCCCACUCUGCCUUUUACAUGUAAUAUCCAGUUUAGGUUAACUCACAGGUGCUCAUCAAAUAUUGCACCUUAUGCGUUAGUGUACCUAGAAAGGAUAUAUAUCAUGAUAUCAAACACUCAGAGAUGUUCCUUGACACCUGGUGUGCUUUUUUAAACCAAUAAACCAAAGAGUUAAAACACAAA